AGGCAGCGUCCGCUUCUCCGCUGCUCAUCAACGCCGGUGAGGCGCAACGGGGAGGUGAUAAGGAACCGCACGCUCGCUCUCUCUCCCUCCCAGCCCCAACUACAACUGCAGACAUGUCGCUGUCUAACAAGCUCACCCUGGAUAAGGUGGAUGUGAAGGGGAAGAGGGUGAUCAUGAGGGUGGACUUCAAUGUACCGAUGAAGAAUAAUCAGAUCACCAACAACCAAAGAAUUAAAGCUGCAAUUCCAAGUAUUCAGCACUGUUUGGACAACUGUGCCAAGUCGGUGGUCCUCAUGAGUCACCUGGGGAGACCUGAUGGCACGCCCAUGCCUGAUAAAUACUCGCUGGCCCCAGUCGCAGAGGAACUGAAGAAACUCAUGGCAAGGGAUAUUAUUUUCCUCAAAGAUUGUAUUGGACCUGAGGUUGAGAAGGCGUGUGCAAACCCAGCAGAGGGAAGUGUGAUUCUCCUUGAAAACCUCCGAUUCCACGUUGAAGAAGAGGGCAAAGGAAAGGACGCGUCUGGGAAUAAGACAAAAGCAACUGAAGAAAACGUUAAGUGUUUCCGAGACUCGCUGUCCAAGCUCGGCGACAUCUAUGUCAACGAUGCAUUUGGAACCGCUCACAGAGCUCACAGUUCCAUGGUUGGGGUAAAUUUACCAAAGAAAGCUGCUGGCUUCUUGAUGAAGAAAGAGCUUGAGUAUUUUGCCAAAGCUGUGGAAAAACCGGAGAGGCCCUUCCUCGCCAUCCUGGGCGGGGCUAAAGUCCAAGACAAGAUACAGCUGAUCAAUAACUUGCUGGAUAAGGUGAACGAAAUGAUUAUUGGUGGAGGCAUGGCAUUCACAUUCCUGAAGGUCAUCAAUAACAUGGAGAUCGGCAAUUCCCUUUUUGACGAAGAAGGGGCCAAAAUAAUCAAUGAUCUGAUGGCCAAAGCAAAAAAGAAUGGAGUGACUAUCACGCUGCCUGAAGAUUUUGUCACGGCUGAUAAAUUUGAUGAAAAUGCAGAAGUUGGAGCAGCCACAGUAGCUUCAGGCAUCCCGGCAAACUGGAUGGGCCUUGACUGCGGUCCGGAGAGUAUUAAGAAGUUCUCUACAGUCGUGUGUCGGGCAAAGCUCAUUGUGUGGAAUGGCCCCGUCGGUGUCUUUGAAUGGGACAAUUUUGCCAAAGGCACCAAAGCUGUCAUGGAUAGGGUUGUGGACGUCACCAAGCAAGGUUGUGUUACCAUUAUUGGUGGUGGAGACACAGCCACUUGCUGUGCCAAGUGGAAUACUGAAGACAAAGUCAGCCACGUCAGUACCGGAGGUGGAGCCAGUUUAGAACUCCUGGAAGGCAAAGUUCUUCCUGGAGUUGAAGCCCUCAGCAACAUCUGAGAACACAGGACAUGUUGAGCCCUUUGCACACAAGCAUUUAGAGUGUCGCGCCUCAUGCUUUACAACAUUCAAAGUGUAAUUGUUUGUGUCACUACUGAAGACCUCUGUCCCAUUGUAGGUUUGUGCGUAGUUCUACCAUAGUUUUGAUGUCCAUCUUCUGUGUAAUCGGUUAUUGGCUGCAUUAAGUUAUUGGCAGCAGCUGUAGCACAUGAGUAUCACAGAGAAAGUUUACGGUUUUCAGUUUUACUGGAGAUAGACUGAAACGACUGCUGAAUAAAUAAACCUGCACAAGCA